CAUCGGGAAUUGAACUCAGGAUCUCGUGCUUGCCAGGAAGGUUCUGUGCCACUGAGCUAAAUCCCUGGUCUUGAUGACUCACUUUUGACCUUCUCCAAAACUUGCAGAUCCACUUUUUCUGUGUCAUUGUACUGAAUUGGAUUACUUCUACCAGAAAAAGUCAGAAGAAAACUUUUUCAAAUAAAUCCUGAAAUGGUGUGGAUCUGUUGGGCCCUCUGUGAUCCUUGGAUAAACAUCUGGAUAAGAAUGGGUCCAAAUCUGCUUUUGGAAAUAUUGAUAACAUGUGCCACUUUUGCACAUGUACAUACUCUGCUGUUUGUCCCGCCAAGUUGGUAAACAAAUAAAUUGCUUCCUAUAUCCUUCAGGGUAAGAUAUUGAGAUCCACAGCUGGCUACCAUGACAGUAAAGUGCAGAUUUACAGUAGAAAAGUGAGGGAUGGGUCCACUGGAUCCAAUUGUUCAGAAGUAUUCAUUAGUGAAACUAUCUACAUCCUGAAAUCUUUUGUGGACAGGUUUUUAGUAGCAGAUUCUAUUACUUGAAUAAUAGCUUUGGUCCAUUUGGACAGUCCUAUUUUCUUUUUGGUCUGAAUUUAUUGGAGGGGGGAAUUCUAAGGAUCAAACUCACAACCUUGUGCUUGCCUGGCAGGUGCUGUGCUGCUGAGCUAUAUCAGUACCCCUUCUUUUUUGGUCUUUUUUUUGAGACAGAGUUUCACUGUGUAGUUCAGGCCGACCUUGAACUCACUGUGUAGGCCAGGCUGGCCUCAACUCAGCACUCCUCCUGCCUCAGCCUUCUGAGUACUGGGAUUACAGACUUGAAAGAUACUUAAUUCUCAACAAAUGAAUUCUUCACUUGAACUCUGCUGCAUUCCUGUGCCACCACCUCCUUUAGAAAACUGAUCUUAAACAGAGACACGAAUAGACGGUAGAAGAAGAUGCUGGGAUCUGAACGUGGUGUUGUGGAAGAAUGGUUAUCAGAAUUCAAGGCAUUACCUGACACUCAGAUCACCAAUUAUGCAGCAACUUUACACCGAAAGAAGACACUUGUACCAGCCCUUUAUAAGGUUAUUCAAGAUUUGAAUAAUGAGCUGCUGGAGCCUGUCUGCCAUCAGCUGUUUGAACUCUAUCGCAGUUCUGAGGUCCGCCUGAAGAGGUUCACGCUGCAGUUCUUGCCAGAACUGGUGUGGGUUUACUUAAGGCUUACAGUGAGCCGAGAUCGGCAGAGUAAUGGUUGCAUUGAAGCGCUGCUGUUAGGAAUUUACAAUUUGGAGAUUGCUGACAAAGAUGGAAACAAUAAAGUUUUAUCAUUCACUAUCCCUUCCUUAUCCAAGCCCUCAAUUUAUCACGAGCCCUCAACGAUUGGGUCCAUGGCUCUGACAGAAGGUGCUUUGUGUCAGCAUGACCUCAUCAGAGUUGUUUACAGUGAUCUUCAUCCUCAGAGGGAAACGUUCACUGCGCAAAACCGGUUUGAAGUCUUGAGUUUUCUUAUGCUAUGUUAUAAUUCUGCUAUUGUGUAUAUGCCAGCUUCAUCUUACCAGUCCCUUUGUCAAAUGGGCUCCAGGGUUUGUGUGAGUGGGUUUCCUCGGCAACAUGAAAAACACUGGAAAGAACUCUGUGGUCGAAUAGUGUUGGAUCCUGAAUUUAUGGUGCAGCUUCUCACAGGGGUUUAUUAUGCCAUGUACAAUGGACAGUGGGAACUUGGCCAGGAAGUUCUUGAUGAUAUCAUUUAUAGAGCUCAACUAGAACUCUUUUCUCAACCACUAUUGGUUGCCAACGCUAUGAAAAACUCGCUACCAUUUGAUGCUCCUGAUUCCUCACAAGAAGGCCAGAAAGUCCUGAAAGUGGAGGUCACUCCCACAGUGCCAAGGAUUUCUCGGACUGCAAUCACAACGGCCUCAAUCCGUCGUCACAGAUGGAGAAGAGAAGAUGGCUUUGACUUCUCAAACGAGGCUGACUCGAGUAUUCCUGGCUCCCCGAUCCAACACGGCUCCACUGACCUAGGGAUCAAACGUGUGCACGAGGGGGCGGUGCUGGUGCGCAGGACCCCUGAGCGCGGCUCGCCGGAGCCCACCUCAGCAGCAGCCACAACAGAGGGUGCUGAAAGCAUAAACGGAGGAGAAGAGUUUGCAAACCUGAACGAUGCUGAUGAAGGGUUUUCGUCAGGGGCCUCCCUCAGCAGUCAGCCUGUUGGGACCAAAGCAUCCUCCUCUUCUCAGAGGGGAAGCUUGCGGAAAGUAGCCACUGGGCGUCCAGCCAAAGAUAAAGAGGCAGCUUCUGGCACCAGAUCCAUUGAGAGCCCUCGAGAGUCAGUAGUUCGCAAACAGUAUGGGCAGCAGCUGACUGACUUUAGUGUAGACUCAGUUGAGCUGACACCCAUGAAGAAACACCUGAGCCUGCCUGCUGGGCAGGUGGUGCCAAAAACCAACAGUCUGAGUCUGAUCCGAACAGCCAGCGCUUCCUCCAGUAAGUCCUUUGACUACGUGAACGGCAGCCAAGCAGGUACCAGCAUUGGGAUCGGCACAGAGGGCGUCACCAAUCUAGCAACUAACAGUGCUAACCGAUACUCAACUAUCAGCCUCCAGGAAGAACGGCUGGGUCAGGCUGGUGAUGGGAAAGAGCUCCUCAGCCCAGGAGCCCCUUUAACCAAGCAGUCCCGCUCCCCAAGUUUCAAUAUGCAGCUGAUAUCCCAGGUGUAGCUUCGACACCCCCUCCUCUCUUUCCACUUUCCUUGUAACUGAACUGACACUUCGUGUGCAAAAAGACACUUCAUUCCGCCUCGUGAAAUCCUGGUCAUCGCGGUCCGACUUGGGUUAGUUUAGUUAUAUUCAUACUGUACUUUGUAUGGAAACAGCAAUAAGGUUUUCUUUCUCUCCUUCCGUGUCUCUACCUGUGCCCUUCCUGUUCCUUGUGUGCUGUGAGCAGUGUGAAGCGCUUGCCUUCCCAUGCCUUCCCUCCUCCUUGGGUGAUGUGCAAUCCAUCGCAGGCGGAUCAGCCCCAUUUCAACACUGUGAGACUGAGGUGCGUUGGAGGAAAUGCUGGAUGUGAUCCCUAUGAAAUGAUUCUUUGGCUUUUGUUUAAAAACAAAACAAAAACGGGUUUGUUCACAUAAUCUAUAGAACUAUGAAGAUGACUGGAUCAUAUUUUUUCUUUUAACCAGGAGUGCCUCAGAGAUUCUGCUAUGAUUUUGGACUUCUCUGAGUCUGUGCAAUUGUUUUCUCAAGAAGCAUGGGGAAGGGUGGUAGACUACUGCACUUUUUCAUUAAAAUGAGGGUGGCCCAUUUCCCCCCUUUCCUUUAUCCUGGGGACAUAAAUGUUCAAUUACUAAGGCAUUUAAGUCAAUUUACAGCCACCUCCUUUGGGGGGCCUCUAUGCCGAUCGUGUAAUUGAUAAUGCACUUUCUCAAUGGCGCUCUAGUCAUUACUAACAUGUCUUCCCUCUUCCCACCAAGACUUAGGGUCCUUUUUCUCCUUGAAGUUUGAACAGCUAACAAAUGAGAAUCCAAGGGGCAUGUUCUGUUUCCCAGGAAUGAUUGACUUGGUGCUGGGGUUUUGUGGGGGGAGGGGUUUUGUUUCUUGUGUGUGAGGGGAGGUUUUGAUUUGCUUUUUUCUCUUUUGUGAGCUGAUGACUGAAGUAGAAUUGUACGUCUUCAGGUAAAGAGAGGGAUUUCUCAGUCCAUUUUGUGAAAUGUCAAGACUAUUGGAGAAACCCUUUCAGCUGCUUUCUAGAUGUACUUAAAUUCAGUCAAGUAUUUUGGAUUAAGAAACUUAAAGUCCUGAUAGAUUAUAUAUUCCGAAGCAAUGUAUCAGGGACAGAUAAUUGGCUGAAAACACUGAUGCUUCAAUGUGACACAUUUUUAUAGAACAUUUCUACCAGGGGGUACUGACUUGAUUUCUCCUAAAAGGACCACACUGCCUUUGUGUUUAAUAUGAUGCAAUUUGUGUAUCUUCUAAUCAUAUUUCUGCAGUUUGUCGUUUUUAUAAAACUUUGAAAUCAUGCCAGUAAGCUAGAUAAUGAAUGUAUGUAAGUAGCAUUUGGUAAAUGUUAAGAGGCCACAAAAGUACUUUACUGGCUUAAAAGUUUUACAUUUUGAUUUGGUUGGAUAAGACUAUUACAACCUCUUCUGAGUGUUGGGCUCUAAUGUUUGGAUAAAGAAGGGAAUACAUUAGACUUUUGGAAACAGUAUUUAACUUGAAGUUGUAUAAAUCACCCUUUAACAGAGUACUAUGGAGUGCAUUGUACAUUUAGACAUUUUUAGUUAUUAUGAAAGAAAAAUAUAGUGAGUUUAUAGAAAGCAAGUAUUCUCAUAAAAAAGUUGAAAAUUUUAUGUCUACCAAUUAAACUUACAGUAGGUCUUGUUAAUAAAAUAACUGAACACAGUUUCUGUUUUUUCAUACUUAAGAAUCUCCUGUUCCAUUUUAAUUAUAAGAGCAUUUUCUUUUUUCAAAAAGGAUGUGGAGGGCUUUAUGUUGGAAUCUUUGUAAGAAUAGUGAGGUACUUGUUUUGUUGUCUUUUUGAAAUGGUCUUGCUAUUAAGGUACUUGUUUGAAUUUGGUGGUUUGUAAUUUAUGUCAGCUCAUGAGAAUGGAAAACUAAGGGGCUGGGGAUUUAGCUCAGCGGCAUAAGCACUUGCCUUGCAAGGAGGCAGUCGUGAGUUCAAUCCCCGGUACCGAUUUAAAAAAAGACAAAAAAAGAGAAUGGAAAACUAGAACCUGACCCAGUGUCCUUCAUAUGGCCAAAGUUCAAGAGAAAGCUAAAAGUUGAUAGGCAGUUGAUUGUGUGUGUGUGUGUAUGUGUGUGUGGUAUGUAUACAUGUAGAUCACAGAGAUGUUUGAGAUAUCUCUUAUUUCUUCUCAUUUUACUAUGGGAUGUCAAAAACAGCAGAAAAAUUUUUCAACCACAAAAAUAAAUGAGGUGGGUAUACCACACACAAGAAAGAAGAUAAAGUUUCAGGUACACAAGAAAAAGAACAUUGUGCUUAACAGGGAAUAAGAUCUUGGCAAAAGAAAAAAAAAAAUACCUGGUUUUAAAAAGUUGUGUGUAUACUGGCAUGUAAACCAAGGAUGGUUUCAGUUAAAAAUUUCUUUGGUUAAAGAAAUAACCAAAUUACCCAAAUUAUAGCAAAAGCAUAAAAAUUCCCUUUGGUUAAGAAUCUUGGGGCUGGGGUUUUAGCUCAGUGGCAUAAGCACCUGCCUUACAAGCAGGAAGUCCUGAGUUCAAUCCCUGGUACCGAUAAAAAGGAAAAAGACAAAAAAAGAAUUUUAUGGCAUACCUGAAAAGCUUAGUUUGAAAACUUUUUAAUCAUAGAGGACCUCAUCAAUCUCCAUCUGCAUAUGAAUAAGAGGAGUUUUUUAGAGGCUUUGUGUAUGGGCAUAACCGUUACUGUCCCAUGAUUUCAUUUAACUGUUUGCCAUUCCUUCAAGUUUGCCAAUGCUUCAAAGAAACAUUUCCUUUAGUUUGAACUUUGCAUUCAGGUUCUUAGAUUUGCUAUGUAUGAUACAGUUAAGAUGAAAUGAGUUAGUUAAACUGUCAGAUUUUCUAAGUUUAAAAAAAUUGCUGCAUUAUUUAUUUAAAUAAUUUAAAAUAAGUUUGCUUAAGGUUUAUAACAACCAUAACAAAUACAUGCCAGCAACUAACAUUUGAUCCUUCGACAGGACAACUUUUUGUUUUAUAUUUUUCACUUUAAAAAGUAUUCCAUCCAUCUAUGGAAAAUAUAUUUAGGGACAGAAUACUUGUUUUGUAUAGUAAAAUAAUUUGAUUGAUGCAGUUGUGUCAGGAUUACAGAAUACCAAGAAACAUCUGAAGGUUUUGGGACUCUGAUAAAAUUUAAAGUCAUGUUACUAAAAGCAAAGUUUAAAUGUAAAGUGAGAAGUUACCUUAGAAGUUUUAAAAUACGAAAAUAUCUUAAUAAGCUAGAAGAAAAAUGAUUGUAACCUAAAUGCUAAUCCCCUAAGCACCACCCUUCCUUUUCUGAAACUUCACUCUUCUGUGCCUGUUUAUUGGAUCAGAAUUUUUGUGCUAAAAGAGACCCUGGAGACACUCUAGCUAGUCUCCCCUCGCACACACAUUCAGCCUCAGGAAAUUGAGGCUCGAAGAGGUUGUGACCUGACUCCGUCACAUAAAUAAGAAGCAGAGCCAGAAUCAGACCUUGUCUCCAGCAAUUGCAUACACCCACUGCCUCUCUUUACCGUGAUCAAUGUACGUAACAUUUUCCAUUUCUGCAGUUGCUUUGCAUUAUUGGUCUAGUUAGUAGUUGGUGAGUACAGCACAUGAAGAAAAGUAUUAAAUCUAGAAAAAAAUGAAGGGUGAUAAAUAUAGAUGGGGCAAUGUUAGAAAUGUAGGUGUCUAUACAGAUAUAAGGAUAGGUACAUUAUUCUUUAAGCUAAUUUAUGCCUUACGGAUUUUCUGCCACAUAACAGUUGUAUGCUGCCAUGUUGUUUAUAUGUGUAAAGAUUUAUUUAAGUGCAAAAUAAACUUAAACAGUGGCUUGAUCAGUGUUUCUAGCUACUUUAAAGUAAUUUUUAAAUCAGCCAGCUUUUAGUCACCAAGGUGGCCAGUUAAUUGUAUUGUACAAUGGAGUAUUAUAAAGAUGAAAUAAAUAUAAUUACAUUAGUUUCCAGUAUAGAGAGAGGUUGGACCUUACUGUGCUUGCAGCAGAUAAAAGCAAUAUUUCCUUAUGUAAUUGAGAAAGGUUCAUAGUGGGAAGCUUACGAAUCCAUAAUGGAACAGUGACCAUGACGUCAAACAAAUUGUAUAUACCAUAUAAAAUGUUGUCACCGUGGUAGUCUCAGCUAUAUAAGGUUCAAUAUUUCCAAUGUGUAUUCUUAAAUUAAUUAUAUUUAUUAGACACUGGAAUACUAAGAAUAACUUCUUUCAGAUUGUUUUGUUUGCACUAUUGUGAAUAUUUUAAUGAAAUGGGGUGUUUUUCCUAUCACUUUGUGAGGUUUGUAUGAGUCUUAAUUUUUGGUACAUUAGUUGUUGACAAUCACUUGUCUCAUUUAAUUCUCUGCAUGUUCAUUUGUAAAUAAAAAUACUAGUAUGUGUCUUAAUGGGUAGUGUACUGUACAAACACUGGCAAGGAGGAGCACCUCCGUUUCUGAUCUUGGAUUACAUUAGAGUUAGUUUUUAAAAACCAGUGUUUCAAUUACAUAUUUGUUUUUCAGUUUUGAAAAGCUCAGUAGGUCAUGCUAGUGAUCAGAAAAUCUGUAAGAAUUUUAGGGCAACUUUUCUAUACUGUGGCUAUGUUACACAGUCGGGACAUGAGAUUUUUUUAUCUUUCAAGUUGAAUGAUUACUGUCACUGUUUCACCACCACGUUGGCUGAAACACAUUUUGUACUACUUUUGAAAAAGUGGCUUUUAAAAUACGUUACAUGAAAACCAAGUAGAGAGAGAUAACUUAAAAGUUGGAAUAUUUGCCAGAUUUAAAAGAAGAUGAGUAUAAAAUUAAUAGCACUGAUAAAAUCAUGAGUCACCAAAACUGUCCAUGUUAAGUUGAUCAUAAUUGGUAACAUAACACAAAUUUUAGCAUUGUAUUGUGAAUACCCAAUGGGUGUAUCAUACUGACACUGAACAACAUAAGAAAUAACCGUUCACACAGGGCUCACCAUACAUCUUCCUGCCCAUGAAAGCACAUGUCUACUAACCUAAUCAGAGUCACAACUUUGGUCAUUUCUUAGCCAUUAGUUCUAUGAGAAAUAGAAAGCAGAUAAUUCAGGAUAGGCAUUAACAGAAAGCUAUGAAUGGUGUGAAAUAAUGCAGUGUAGCACAGAAACAGAGGUUCUGUGUUUCGCUUUUGAAUUUUGAGGAACCAUGUUCCUAAUGUUUACAAAUUAAAGCAUAUUCAUAUCUGCUACUCUGCUAUUAUAAUUGAUACAGAUUUUACCAAAAAGUAGGUGUAUGUAGCUUAAAGUAUAAGUGAGUCCUUGUUUUAAAACUGUAUUUGAAGAUAAGUCUAAUAAACAGAUUCUUUUAUUUUCAGAGAGAAAUGAACUUAAUUGGACAAUCUGUUCCCAGCUACAGAAUUAACAAGAAUCUGGUUUGCUGUAUUUCAGUUAUAAACAGCUCAGUAUUAAGUAUAUUAGAGGAAAUUUUCUACAGCUUCAUUAAUUACAAAAUUUACCAAAGAAAAUCUUAUUGUCCAAAUAGUUUUUAAAGUACCUCUUAAGGAAUCAACCCCCUUUAACAUUAGGAUUGCUUUCUAACUCCCGGGAAGUCAUAUUAAAAGUCUUUGAUCUGGAAAAUAGGUAUACAGACAGUCUUCCUAUGUCAGCAGCAUGUGAAUAUUCCAGCAAAAGUACAAGUUAAAAGCCAAAUUCAAAUACUGUUAUUUCUUCCAGCACAUUUUCUUGUCUCCUUAACUAAAAUUAAGGAUUCUGCACAUCAGUAUUGAAUAAAAAGGAAAUUCCUAAUGUUGGUGUAUUAUAUGAUAUUGUGGGUUCUUCCAAUAAAAUUGCAGGGAAAAUUAUGGAAAUGCACCUUUUCCACUGGGCAGUGGCAAUUAUUUCUGAUAAAUACAAUACUGAUUAAAAUGGUAUGGUUUACAUAAUUUAUGUAUAUGAUUGCUGAGUUUUUUCUUUGCAUAAAAACAUGAUUGGAUUAAUAAAAGCUAAAAUUUCUUAAAUGUGUAGAAAAAGAACUACAAAUUUAUUGAAGCUGUUAAAAGAUUUUUUUUAAAUCACGUAAUUGUACAUUAUCUGAUAAAAGUUCUAUGUAUUUUUUUCACAUGAUAAUUAUAAAGUAAUGAAUGUUUUGAUCAGUUAUCCUGGAAGGAGAAAAUUGGCCCUUUAAUUAUCCCUGCUAUAGGUGUGGUUCUUAUAUUCCAAACUAAAUUAAUACAUGCUCCAUACGUUACUUUAAAAUAUUUAUUGAAAAAUUACUCCACAUUGAAUCUUUUUAUUGUUACUCUAAAGUUUCAGCUGGGUUUGCAUUCAGUUUAAGUGGUUAAAUGAAAUGAUUUUACAAUGCAGAUUGUUUUCCCACUUUUUGUCAAGGCAAUUUGGCUAUCCUGAGCUAUACAUUCUGAAGGAUUUUCACUGCUUAGGCUUUGUGCAGUCUGAUCUCUGCAACAAGGGACAGCUACACAGAAAAAUCCUACUCGUGUGUUUGCUUCAUGAAAGAGUACAGAAUGUAUUAAUUGGGUUUGUGGGGUUUUUUAACCAGCAUUAACCUACAGUUUGGCAUAAACUUCCCAAGUACUGAGGGAAUGGUGCUGGUGAAACUUUAAAUACGAUAGGUUUAUAGAAAUUAUCUCUACUGAAUGAGGUCCUCAAACCUAGGACUAGUGAAAAUCUCCAUCUUUUGAGUAAAAGGAAAAAAACUGCACACUUAAGACCAUAUUUAUUGGUGCAUGUAAGCCAUUAUCCUGUCUCUAACUGAUUAUAAUGCUGUUGAUUGUUGAAAUGUGAAAUGUAAUUAGUCACUGUUCACCUUGUAAAUAUCUGCCAGAGAUGAAAAAAUAUUUUAAGUUACUGUAAAUAAAGAUGUAUAAAGAUCAAUGUCGGUCUCCAAUGCAGAAACAAUCUAAGAUGUUAAAUACUGUGUUUCUUGACAAAUGUGUAAUUUUCUUCUAGGUGUAUCUAGUUAUAUUAAGAAUGUAAAUUUUCUUUUGUACAGUAUAAAAAUACAGCUCUAUUUGGCUUUUAA